GUUUGGAAUUGGGAACGUUAAAAAGUAAAUAACGCGUUACGUAAUUAAACAGAACAGAACAGAUAGGAAGUGUGAAGUGCAUAUUUAUUAAGUGUUCCUAAGCUUUCCAGGAUUUUCAACAGUAGCCAAAACUCCGGCGACAUAUAUUUUCCAAAAAUGAAGUGCGGAAUUACGAGUGAAGUUAUACACAAGGAAGUAGUGGUGAUAGGAAAUGGACCAAGCGGUAUUGCAAUUUCAUACAUGCUCUCAGGCAACGUACCUUUUCUUACCUCAGACUUUCAUCCUGACGAAAUGCUCUCAGCUAGACUACGAAGCGUCCUCGGAGAAUGCCUUAUAGAUCAAGACCUAGAAAAUCUAGCCAUGGGCUUAGAGGGCAGAUCCACAAAUUAUAUUUCCUUACUUAUGGACGCCCUUCUUAGACCCUGUGCGGACAUGGGAUUAGAAAUGAAACCUCUUAUUGAGUUUAGAAAACAAGGAAUUAAGAUUGAUCACAUUGUUUUGGGUAAGGGCCCCCCUGGAGGCACAUGGCACAAAAUGGACCCCCACAUACUGACUCUAUCCCUCGGAAGUUGGAUGGCACUUCCAGGGUUGCCGUUUAAUUGUAGGGACUCGGGCGAAAAAAGGGCUUAUGCCAGCAACGUUGCCAACUACUACGAACGUUACGUGCAACACCACAAACUUACAAAAUACUUUAAAAACGACGUUGUGGUGACUAACGUGGCGCCCUUAGGCGGUAACAUAGAGAGAUGCGUAAGCGAGAAAAGUAUCCGGAACAACAAAAAAGAAAUGGUGGUUUGUCUUGAUUCAGACAUCCAGGAAGUAAAAAGUACCUGUUUUAUUUCGAACGCGUUGAACUGCCUGCUGGCCAAGGCAAACAGGAAAAAAAAUCGCUGCUUCAAAAGGCCGCACGAUGUCAUAAGAGAACAAAGCCCAUCGAGAAAAAGCAGGGAUAUAGAAAACGAAAUUCGUCCGGCUGUCGAUUCCUCUUCGAGGCAGGACAAAACCAGAUCUAUAAGUUUUUGCUGUGAUUCUAAUAAAUUUUGUGAUACUAAUGCCAGUAGAUCUUUUACUGACUCCUAUAGUUUAUGCUACAAUACUCUACAAAGCUCAUAUAGCAUGGAUUUCACCAAGCCCAGAGUGCCUUAUUGCCAAAAUUCAAACUACAUUUCCAGGGUUGAUGACUGCUGGAUAGUCAAUACUGUGGAAAACGAGACUGGAAAAACAACAACCUACAGUUGUAAAUACUUGGUCCUAGCAAACGGAUCAAGCGACCUGCCAAACAAAUUAGAAAUUUCCCAAGGUGACAAAGAACCCGAUUGGUUGAUUUCAGACAUGAUGACCCUGGAAAGCCAACUUGACGAAGAAACUAAAACAAACAGGGGCGAGGUACAGCCAGUAUUAAUAGUAGGCGCUGGACUAAGCGCUGCGGAUGCGGUAAUCGCCACGAGGGGGCGCAAUAUUCCCGUUAUACACGUUUUUAGGAAUAAAUCGUCGGAUUUGAAUAAGCAGCUCCCUGAGAAUUUAUAUCCUGAAUAUCAUAAGGUUAGACAGAUGAUGCAAGACGGUGGCUCCACUUACCCUCUAUACACAGCCUACCCUGAGUACAGCCUCACGGGAGUUGACGAAGAAUCCCGAACAGUAAUCCUAACCAACAAAAACGGCGACACCGAGAAGAUCCAGGUGUCAUUCGCGGCCAUUUUGAUUGGAUCCAGGCCGGACCUGUCAUUUUUGCCGGAGCAUAGAUAUGUUGGUAUCAACAAAAAAGCACCGGUCGAUUGUAAGACAAACACGAUCGAUAUCAAUAAGUCCACGCAUAAGGUGAAUGGUUACAAGAACUUGUACGCUAUUGGUCCGUUGGCUGGCGAUAACUUCGUGAGGUUCAUACCAGGGGGCGCUUUGGCGGUGGUGGCGGAUUUGUACAAAGAAAAUCGGUACAUGACGUGAUCAACUUAAUUUAUCAGUUGAACUAUUCCUUACCAUAUUGUACGUGUAUUUAAUUUUAUAGAUUUAUAAAGUGCAUUAUUAGUUUUUAAAUUGUGUAUGAUAUAGCAGAGGGCUUUUUAUUUUUGAUAGAAUUGUUUGAUAUACUCAAUAUAAGUGAUAUUAUUAUAAUACAUAUUUUACUACUUAAAUUCUACAUUAUACAAAUUGUUUAAAC